AUGCUUGACUUCGAGCUUGCGCACAGCACAGAAGAAGUGGACGCAGAAACGUCAACCCGUUCACUCACAGUCAAAGCUGAACCGAGAGACUCUGAGGGCUCCUCUUGCGACAGCCUGGUCAAGGACCUUUGGAUUGGUCAGAAGCUGCUACAACAAUUGGACGAAGGCUCAUCGACCCCGUCUGAUCCUACGCUCCUGCACCAAGAGAGACUGUCCAUGGACGCAUUGAGCAAUCCUCCUUCGCUCAAGCGUCAUUCGGUCCGUCUGUCCAAAAGCUCUGACUCGCCAGAAUCCCACGCCAUGGCAGUCUAUCUCCGUUCACCGAAUCUCAACAGACAUUUACAGCUCCCUCGUCCUUAUCCCGAUAGACCGCUCAACGUGUCUCUUGCGGAAGUCGGCUCAGCGUCUGGUUCGCCAGUGCUCAUAUUCCUCGGAAUCGGUUGCGUCCGUUAUCUUAUCGCUUUGUUCGAUGACCUCGCAAAGGCAUUGGAUCUCCGCCUGAUCUGCAUUGAUCGAUGGGGAUAUGGCAAGACUGAUCCAGUACCGACUGAUCGUCGCUCGCCAAUGCUCUGGGCGCAGGUGGUAGAGAAAGUCAUGGACGAAUUGAAGAUCCGAGACUUUCGAAUCAUUGCGCAUAGUGCUGGCGCACCAUUUGCAGCUGCAGUAGCUUUGAGGCUUGGCAAUCGUAUCACAGGCAAGAUGCAAUUUCUCGCUCCGUGGGUCAGCCCAGAGAUCGAUGGAGGCUACAAGUGGCUCAAAUGGAUACCGAAUGGAGUCAUCAAAUCUGCUACGGCGGCUGAAUGGAGACUUCAGUCAUAUCUCUUGGGCAAACCACCGCCUCUAGUCCACCAACCGGUCGAACAUACCGCCGAAGGCCUCAGCUUACCGACUCCCUCUCCCGGUCGUCCGUCGAUAGGCCAGCGAGCCCAUAGCGACACUGGUGCCAAAGUCGAGCCUAGGCGCUCCUUACUCUCAUCUCCAUCGCCUGUACCUAGUCGUGCGCCUAGUAUCAUCCGCCGGGCGUCGAGUGUCUUCGCGAAGAACCAUACUGCUCCUGUCCAAGACAAGGAUCUUAAACGGCAACCCAUCAUCAAGCAUCUCAGAAGCUCGGUUCUGCUCAGGAGCCAUUCAGAGGACGAUGGACGAUCUCCCUUCAAAGCUAUCUCUCCUCGUGGAUCCAGUGACUUCUCAUCAAGCGUCCCUGUCUCAGAGAAACAUUCAUUGACCAUCAAAAGCGAGGUCUUCUCUGCAUCUUACGAAGGCGACAUACUCGAGUUUCUCACGGACGGAUUCAGUCUGUCAGGGCUGCCAGCGACGCCCUCGCCAACACCAUCCAAGAAUCGAUUCAGUGUCCUCUCUCCACUGCCCAGUCCAUUCCGACAAUCAUCCACUCCCACUACUCGAUCAACCAGCCCGAUCCGCUCAGGAAUCGACGUCCAGGAUGAGCCGAAACCUUCUCUGGGACCCGCUCUUACACAAGCAUUGAUGCAAGCCUCUCAUGCGGAAUGCGAGCCGGGAACGACGACUGAAAUCUUAACGGUCGUACUGAAUCGUGGUGAAAAGCCAUGGGGAUUCAGCUAUGCCGAUCUCCGUCAACCGGUCACUAUUCAUUGGGGCGAGCUGGAUGACAAGGUCUCGGAGAAGAGUGUUCGGUGGAUGGAGAGGAACAUGAAUCAAGGUGGAGGAGCAACGGUCCAGAUCAUCAAGGGGGAGGGACAUAAUUUGAUGACUAAUGCUGUGGUGAUGUGUGAUAUUUUUCAAGCCUUACGGAAAGAAGUCAAAGAAGAACGCGCAGAUGCGGAGAGGGGAGUAAAGGAGAGGGUCAUGAUGUCGAGAAGUAGAAGGCGAUGA